AUGGGGAACAAGUUGUCACGCUGUUUCAGAUUUCUAGCAGAUGAGUAUUAUUUUUUUAUCAAAAUUGAAAGAAUCGUAGCAGAUUAUACUUUUGGAAACCUGAAACCAAGAAUUAAGGUUUCAGAAGGUCUGAGAGAACUAUUAAAUGGCGAAUCAGUUAACCUCAUAUUUGGAAUCUGUUUCAAUAGAAGUCAGGGCUGGACAGUGAGGGAGAACAAUUUACAUUACAUAGACCGUAAAGAAAAAAACAACCCGAACGCCUAUGAAAGAGCCAUAGCUAUUAUCGGCAGAACAAUAAAUGACAUCCAUGCGGAUAAUCAGUCAAUAUAUUGCUUUGGCUUUGGGGAUGCUACGACACAUCACCUGGAAAUCUUUAGAUUUUCUGAUGAGCCCUGCGAAGGAGUUGACGAAGCAUUAAUGCAAUACAGACAUGCUGCAAAAAAUGCACGACCUACAGAAAGAGUAUCCUACGGUCCAAUUAUUCGUAAGGCCACCUGCAUAGCUGGUGAAAAGCGUGACCAGCACCAUUUGUUGGUUAUACUUGCUAGUGAGACGGUAUCAAGGAGUUUUGAUACGAAGCGUGGACAGCUAAGCCUUGACGAGAAAAAUACUUACCAUGUAAUUAAGGACGCAAGAAAAUUUCGUUUCUCAAUUGUCCUGGUUGGCGUUGGGGAGAGACAAAUGACAACAUGAAAAACGGACUUGGGAUCUCUCGUUGCUGUAGAUACAACAGUUUCAAGGCAUGUCACCAUGUCAGUUUACAUAUGGAUGUUAUAUUGCAGUUCAUCCUUAUAGUUUUGUCCAGCUAUAAAUUACUAGCUAGCUCCAAAAAUUAAGCAGUUUCUAGCGUUCGUGUUUUCAGAAAAUACUAAGGGCAGCUCAAGGUUUAAUUGCAUUCUUAUUUCUUUUGGAGUUUGUGGACUAUACACAAAUCAUGAGAGAUUCACCCGCUGGGAGAAAAGAGACAGAUUUUUGUCUUGCGGUCACUGAAAAUCUCCCUAGGCAUAUUACACAGACUGCGAAUUUGUCGAGGUGAUGAUGAAUAUUCACUUAUGUUACGGUAUCUGGAUUCUGUCUUAAUAAGCUUCUCUUAGUUUGAUAUUCCCUCCGAUUUUGGAAAAAAAUAUAUUUUUAAA